AUGUUUUAUUCUGAACAACUCCUGGCAAAGACCGGGCCUCUGGCUCGCGUCUGGCUUGCCUCCAACGUCGAGCGCAAGCUCUCAAAGACCCAGAUUCUCCAGUCGGACAUCCAAAGCAGCGUCGGCGCGAUCGUGGACCAAGGUCAUGCUCCGAUGGCUUUGCGCUUGAGUGGUCAAUUGAUGUUGGGUGUCGUGCGCAUCUACGGAAGGAAGGCUCGCUAUCUGCUUGAUGACUGCAACGAAGCCCUCAUCAAAAUUCGCAUGACAUUCAAAUCGACUAACAAUCAUGAUUUGCCUGCACAUGCUACCACCACCGUUGAUCUCAACUUGCCCGAACUACUCACAAUUGACGAUCUAUUCUCGCCCAUGGAUUUUGCCUAUCCCAUGACCCAGCAACCCCAGAUCACGGUGGACCAGACCCAAGAUUUAGAAGACGAUUGGACUUCUUCCCUUAAUCCUCAACAGAGUAGCACUCAAUCCAUGCUGAUUCCAGGCGAGGAAGACGCGCUGUACAACGAAGAUGAUUUUACGUUGGACUUUGGGGAACACAACGACAUAUCCGUCAGCAUCAACGUCGGCAGAAAUGCUCCCACUCCCAAACCCGAUCACGAAGAUAUUCUUGCUGAUGAGGAGCCACUCAUUUAUGACGAUGACGCCAUCAGCCUUAACUACGGAGGCGACGAUGUUCCCAUGAUGGACGAUCCUCAACUUGGAUUGGAGGACGGAGGACUCCCUCCAAUUGGAGACGAUGAGCCUUUGGCAUUUGGUGAUGAUGAAACUCUACAAUUGAGACAGGCUGCAGAUCGUGUUAGAGACACGGAGUCACCUCUGUCAGAAGCGGGCUCAGAGUUACUCCGAGACUUGGAUCGGACUUUCCAAGCACAAGCCGAAGGUGAAGAGAUCGAGGAAGUCGUCGCCCGCCAACCCCAGCGAAGCCGGAAACAGAAACCGUUGGCACCCGACACCGAGACCGUGCUCCACAAUAGUCAAAUCAGGACCCAAGCCGAAGAUCGAUCCAAAAUUCUCCGUGCUCCCUCUUUCCUACCCAGAGAUCCUCUCCUUCUGACUCUGAUGAGCAUGCAGAAGAAUGGUGAUUUCGUGCUGAACGCCAUGAACGAUGGCCGCUCCAAGAACUGGGCCCCUGAGCUUCAGGGUCUCCUCUCGUUUGACACCCUCACCAGAUCGGGCGAUCGCAAACGAAAGCGGGACAGUGGUAUUGGAGGCCUCAGUGAGGAUGAACAUAGCGAGAAAUCUCCUCGACUAGAACGCCCAGAUUUCGAUGAGGCUGUACAACUCGAUGAUGCCCAAAUGUCUCCUGGCCAACUCAUUACACAAGAUGAACAUCAACCAAUUGAUAGCGAACUUGGUCCUGCUUUGGAGGACAUGGUCCUUGGGGAAGAUGACGAAGGCAUCUUUGGUGGUGACGACGUCUUUGAUGAGACCACCAUGCCACUUGUGCACCCAGCAGAUAGUGGUCCCGUGUCUCUGGGUACGAAGCAUGCCGUUCACCUGCUCAGAGACCGAUUGGGAGACGCAGGUGGAGAAAAUCCAUCAUCUCCUGCUAAGAAAUCUGUUCUCCUUCAAGAACUUGUACCAGAACAACGGACCAGCAAAGAGGAUGCCACCAAGAUGUUCUUCGAAGUGUUGGUCCUGGCCACCAAGGAUGCUAUCAAGGUAGAGCAAGGCGACAAGUCGAUCGGUCUGCCCUUGAGGAUCCGAGCCAAGAGAGGGCUUUGGGGUUCAUGGGCCGAGACCAGCCCUGGUGACGACCCGACAUCGCAAAACGCCUCACAGCAAGUUGCCGUAGAGGCUUAG